AUGGCGGCAGAGCAAGAACAGAAAGAGCAAAGCUUCAAUGCCAACUCCGAACUCGAGAAACAGGAUGCUCAACCACCACCAUAUGCACUUCCAACACGAGAUUAUCAGCAAGCCAUUCCAACUAUCGCCAACGAGCGUGACGGCGAUUUCAGCGAGGAGGCAGGCUGGAAGCAACUUCUGGUCCACGUUCUCAUCUUCCUGCCGGCGGCACCAGGCUUCUACUUCAUCAUCCUGCAUCUGUUCUUCUGCGUGGAACUUAACCAGGAUCAGAAGGUUUUCCUGCAGUGGUCUUGGUCUUGGUUCGGUUAG